AUGGAUACAAAGAACCGGACUCUGGCUACUGAACUUAUUCUACUGGGAUUUACCAAGGAUCAGAGAACGAACAUUGUGUUAUUUGUGGUAUUUUUGCUCAUCUACUUAGUAUCAAUUAAUGCAAAUUGUCUCAUUUUGUGCCUUGUUCUCACCAACGCUCAUUUACACAUUCCAAUGUACUUUUUCCUCUGUAUUUUAUCUUUUAUGGACCUGUGUAUUAUAUCAUCUGUUAUGCCAAAAUUGUUAGUAGACUUCAUAUCUGGCCAAGGAAUCAUCUCUCUGGCUGCCUGUACAAUACAGUUCUACAUUAUCCUUCUGAUGGGUGGAACCGAGUGUCUCCUUCUUACCCUAAUGGCUUACGAUCGAUACGCCGCCAUCUGCCGACCGCUCCACUAUCCGGUCCUGAUGAGCUGGAGAAAUUGUUAUCAAUUGACGGCUUUCGUGUGGAUUGUGAGCUUUAUCAUCUUCAUUCUUCCAUCCUUUGGAAGUUCGGUCCGAUUGUGCUAUCCAAACCUAAUAAAUCACUUCAUGUGCGAGGUUCUGGCCGUCAUCCAAUUGGCCUGUGAGGAUAUCCGUUCCAGUGAAGUUGUGAUACUCAUCACUUGUUUUCUUGCACUUUUUGUCCCCUUUUUGCUGGUCAUCGUAUCAUAUAUUUGUAUUUUAUACUCGGUAUUGAAAAUCAAGUCUGCAGGGCGGGCUAAGGCCUUCUCCACCUGCACUUCCCACGUUACGGUGGUGGUCUUAUUUUUUGGGACAGCGAUCGUCAUGUACUUUGGGCCGUCGACUAAGUACUCAACAAAUUACGGGAAAUAUUUAUCUCUUUUUUCGAACAUCAUAUGUCCAACAUUGAACCCGCUUAUUUAUUGUCUUAACAAUAAUGAUGUUAAAAUGGCCCAGAGAAAAAUUUUCUCAAAAUUUUAA